AUGUCUAUAAAAACUGUGCAAAUUUUAGCACCUUCUGAUAUUUUGUGUGAAUUUGUGGAAGUUGUUAUUCACAACAUUCUGUAUGCUAAGAAACUUUAUCCAGAAGCAAUAUUCUCGAGACGACGAAAAUAUGGAGUAGCCGUCUACCAGUGCAUUCAACCAGAUGUAAACGAAUACAUUAAGGAGAUUUUGAAAGCAAUUAGUUUCCAUUCUAAAAAAAAUCAGCUCAAUAAAAUAUAUCUCUGUAUACAUAACGGAGAUUUUAUCUGUGAGAAAUAUAUUUUUGAAAUAUUAGAUCUUAAAACUAAUACUGAAAGUGAUCCUUUUUUAAUUGAUCUUGAGCAAUUUAUGAGAAACUUUAUUUUAAAAUUGCAUACUACUUUAGAUUAUUUAGAAGGUUUGGAUAAAAAUUCGACUUUUAGUAUAAGACUUCAGGUAACAGCUUAUUCAAACUUGGAAUUUAAUCAGAAUCCGAGUUAUGAAAAUUUUCCUUGGGUAGAAUUAUAUGAAAAAGAUUGUUCAGAUCAUUCUGUUGAUAUAGUGCCUCUCAAUUCUUUACAAUCUGAUGUAUUAAAACUACAAUUAUACGUUGAAAAAAGCGUAAAAGAUAUUUAA